UAUGUUCCCAAUAACACUCUCUCUCUUCUUGGGAUGUCCGCUUCUCUCUCUCUCAUCUUCUUAUAUAAAUAGCAAACACAUGCAAACGUUCUCUCACGCCACACUUCCCAUUCCCUUCUAAUAUCUCUACUCUAACUCCAAACCCCACCAAUCAAUCUCUCUCUCUCUCUCUCUCUCUCUCUCUCUCUCUCUCUCUAUUAAUGGCUGAAAUUCAGUGCCAAACAAAGCCAUCCAACAACGUACGUCUAAAGCUCUUCGGCUUCCACGUGUCAGAAGAUGAAGAAGUUGAUUCUGGAAAGAACACAACCAGUUCGCCGGAGAACGUCACUUCUCCGGCCUACGGAGACAGCCGGAAGUACGAGUGUCAGUACUGCUGUCGGGAAUUCGCAAAUUCUCAGGCAUUGGGUGGCCAUCAAAAUGCACACAAAAAGGAACGGCAGCAGAUGAAGCGGGCCCAGAUGCAGGUGGGCCGCCACCCAUCAUCGGCCGUCGCCGCGGCCUACAUGCGGAAUCCGAUGAUCACGGCAUUUAUGCCUCCGCCCCACCUGCUUGCGCAGUCGCCGGCGGGACCGGUCCUCGUUCCGGGCCAGGCACCGGCGCCGGCGCACUCUCCUUCUUGGGUGUACGUCUCCCGCGCCACCGCCGGCGCAGCCUCUCCGUUCCACGUGUCGCAUGGAUGCGUUUUCCCGGCGGCUUCCGGCGCAGCGCGGAUCCCGACAUCGACGACGCUCUCAUUCUCGCCAUCCAUGGAUUAUCAGGACGAGUGCAUGACCUCGAAUUCAAUAAUCCGGACGCAUGGAGCGGUCCCACAGAUCAGUAGAUAUCAGACCGUCGAUAGCGGCACGAAUCUCGAUGAUGGGAUCGGCUUGGAUUUGCACCUGAGCCUUGCGCCUGCUGCCCCAUGAGAAAAUCAGGUCUGUAGAUUGGCUCAGAUCGGCUCCGCUUGGCUUGAAUUUGGCUCAGCGAUGGUAGGUACCAGUUGGUUGGUAACCUAAGCACCCAGGUUUAUUUUAGCGGUUGAUGAUGCUUAUUCAGGCCCUGUAAAUUUGUUUUUUCUUAAUUUUUUAUUUUUUUAAGGAAGCAAUUUUAC